UUUAUUUUCCUUUUCCCACUCUCAAAUUUCUCCAUUUCUUCUUCCCUCUACUUUUAACACCCAAACACCACACUCUCCCCGGAAUAUGACCUCCGACGGCGCCACUUCUGCCUCCAAUUGUCGCCGGAAGCCUUCUUGGAGGGAGCGGGAGAAUAAUCGGACUAGAGAGCGUCGGAGAAGAGCCAUCGCGGCUAAGAUUUACUCCGGCCUUAGAGCUCAGGGUAACUUCAAUUUGCCUAAACAUUGUGACAAUAACGAGGUCCUUAAAGCCCUCUGUGCUGAAGCUGGUUGGACUGUCGAAGAUGACGGAACCACUUAUAGGAAGGGAUGCAAGCCACCCCCGAUUGAUAUUGUUGGCACUUCAACCAAAAUCACCCCUUAUUCUUCCCAAAAUCCAAGUCCAUUGUCUUCUUCUUUCGCCAGUCCUAUGGGAUCUUACCAAGUAAGUCCCUCCUCCUCCUCCUUCCCGAGCCCGUCCCGUUACGAUGGCAACAAUCCGUCGAAUCUCAUUCCUUAUCUUCGCCAAGCGAUUCCCAUUUCACUUCCUCCUCUUAGAAUCUCAAACAGUGCUCCUGUGACCCCUCCCCUUUCAUCCCCAGCCUCAAGGACUCCACAGCCAUUCCCCAAUUGGGAAGUCAAUGCUAAAGAAUCCUUCUCCUCCUUGAAUUAUCCUUUCUUUGCAGUGUCUGCUCCAGCUAGUCCGACCCGCCCUCAGCUCCAUACUCCCGCCCCGAUCCACAAAUGUGACGAAUCUGAAUCAUCUACCAAUGAUUCCAAUCAAUGGGCACUUCUCCGUGCCUAUGCGCCUUCUGCAUCGACAAUGCCAACAUCUCCCACUUUCAACCUUGUGAAACCUGCUGACCAGCACGUUCUGCAUGGUGGUUUCAUCAAAGAAAAUGGAAGAGGAAACGAAUUCGAGUUCUUGGGCUACAAGGUUAAGCCUUGGGAAGGGGAGAAAAUCCACGACGUUGGAUUGGAGGAUUUAGAGCUCACACUUGGUAGCAGUAAGGCUCGAAGCUAAACGGAAGUAGAAAUGAUCUACAAACAUAACACAACCUCCGGUCUAUUUGGGAGAAACUGAAUUUUCCCCGCCUUCCUCUCUCUCCGUCGUUACCAUAGCCAUGGCUUCCAAAGCUCCACCCUCGUCCACCGAGAAACAAAGAGACUUCUUCAAUCAUCUCGAAGCUUACCUCGCAAAGAGAGACGGCGUCGACAAGCUUUUGAAAAUCUCCAGGUACACCACCAAGAUCAUCCUCUCCUCUUCCGCGAUCUCCGAAUCCCAUCCUCUCACUCACCGUCUCAAGAGCUUUGAGUCCAGCGUUGGCGUCAGCCGGAAAGCCUUCCGUCUCGGAAAGUUUAUCCAGGAUAUCAACGCCUUAAGAAAUUCGCAUUUCGAAUCUAACCAAGAAUUUCUGCUCGCUCUCCUUGCGUAUGGCGGAGAAGGGAUUUAUUACUUUGUCGAACAAUUCAUUUGGUUAGCUAAAUCUGGUUUGAUUGACAAACGACACUCGAGUCGGUUGCAGAAGAUCAGUGCGUGGGCGGAAUUAAUCGGGUAUAUUGGGAGUAUUUCGUUGAAAUUUAGGGAUUUGAAUCGGAUUCUUGAAGAUGAGGCGUGUUUGAAAGCGAGUAUUGAGAUUGCUGUCAACAGAGGAAUUGGGCAUCGGGAAGAAGACGAGAAGAUGAAGAAGUUGCGUGCGAAGAUGUUGAUGAAGAAGCUUUCGAUUGUUCAAGAUUUUGCCGAUGGAUUCAUGGCCGUUGCGGACGUUCGUGAUGGCAACGGCCGGUUUUCAGGUCCUCUUCUAAUUUCUUUUGCUGGGCUUCUCUCGGCAUUGAUUAGCACUCAUAAGAAUUGGAUAUCAUGCUGAAAUAGCUUUCAAUUUUACCAGGCUAAAUUUUCUGUUAAUUUCAAAACAUUCAUAGCACAGGCACACACUAUACAUCUCAAGGAAUGCAUGACAUAGGAAUUUUGAUCCUGAACUAUCAAUGUGUAAUAAUGAUUAUUGUUAGUCA